AUGCGGGAGGCGCUGGACGCGAUAGAGACGUUAAAGCGGGAAAAGGAUGCGAUCGGGCGACGCGCGACGGAGAGCGAUGACGCGCGACGGGCGUUGGAAAAGGCGAAGAAUGAGUUGAGCGCGAUUCGGUUGGCGCAAGACACGCUCGCGUCAAAGGUUCGCCGGGACGCCAGGGAGAUGAAGACGUUGCGAGAGAAGAACGACGAGUUGACGCGGAGUUUGUCAAAGUUCGAAGACAAGGAGCGCAUCGAGAGAGAAGUCGCGGCGAGCGCGUCGUCGCUCGGAGAGAGGGAGAUGUUGAAGAGGCUGGAGGGGAGCGAUCCGCGCUUGGCGAUGACGACGCUCGUGCGAAACUUGUGCGCGAAGAAUAAACAAAUCGCGUCGCAGCAAGAGCAAUACGACGCGCUCGCGCGCAAAGUUCGCGAAAAGGAAAAAGACGUCAAGGCGCUGGAGGCGAAAUUGGACGCGUUUCGCGACGUCGCGAAGACGCAAACGGCGGCGAAACCAAAGCCGGCGGCGCCCGCGCCGCCGACGUCGACGGGCGAUUUCCAGCUCGGCGGUCGCGCCAAUAGCAGGCACGCGUGGGGAGUGGAUGAUCCGAGCGAGUUCGCGUAUCCGCCAACGCAACGCGUCGCGGACAAGAAGCGCGUCGUGAAGAAGUCGUUGCGUCGAGGCGACGACGAAUUGAUGAAAAAGUUGGCGCCGCCGCCGCCGAAGCGUACGUCAAACCGCGACGAAAUCAACUUGGUGAGCGACGACGACGACGAUGGCGUCGAAGACGACGUUUUGGCGAAUAUUUUAAACGACGUCGACGCGCGCGUGGAGCGCAAGCGACAAAAGAUGGCGGCGAGCGGGUCGGCGGCGACGAACAAGACGAGACGCGCCGGGUCAUUUUUGAAGUCUUCGCCGCGAGCGCCGUCUAACUCAAACGGCACGUUCAUCAAGCACGGCGCCGAUGGGCGAGGUGGGCGAGGUAAGUUUUUCGCGAUAUGA